CGUACAUGAAUCCCGUAAUCGUGUCAUCUUUGUUUAUCAAAUUGGGUAGGAAGAAGAAAGAUCUAUAAAAAUUUAGGAACCCUCGCUCUGCAAGCACAAAUUUAUUUCCGAAGAUGUCGGAUUAACUCGGAUUUUGCAACAGGCAGAAUAUAAGUUACAAAAUGGCCACGACCGUUCCUUGUAUCGCUGUGCGAGGUUCGACAGGAACGAGUCUGGGCCAGGGUCCACCAACCUAUGAGCCAGUCAGUGGUUUCCCCCGCGAUGUCAGUAGAUCUUGUAAACUCAUGGCGUUCAGCCCCGAGGGGAGAUACUACGUCUGGACAAAUGGAGUAUCGCUGAAGAUAGCUACUACCCAAAAUUGGGAAAUUGUUGCUGAAAUUAAACGGCCUAAGAUCUCUGCCAUAGAUUUCUCACCCAAAGGAACGUACCUAGCAACUUGGGAACCAUUUAUAAUAUCACAGGCUAAUCCCCAGGGCUGUCCAAACCUGUGUAUAUGGAAAUCUGAAAAUGGCGAGCUGGUAAAGGAUUUUAUUCAUAAGAAACAAAUGGAUUGGGAGCUUCAGUGGUCUAGUGACGAAAGGAUAUGUGGUAUGCUGGUUAAUAGCACUGUCAACUUCUAUGAAGAUGCCAAUUUUUCUAAGGUUGUGAAUAGGAUAAGCGUGGCUAAGGUUGCAAAAUUUAGUGUAGCAACAGGCAAUCCCCCCUAUCAUGUCCUUUGCAACAUGCCAGGAUCAUCUGGCCAGCCCUCUUUUGGCCGACUAUUUCAGUACCCUAAAUUUGAAGCAUCACAGUCUUUGGCUAAUAAAAGUUUUUUUCAGUCUGAUAGAGUGGAUAUAUAUUGGAACAAACGAGGGACUAGUGCCCUAUUGAUGACAAGCACAGAGGUAGACAAAACGGGUGCAUCAUACUAUGGUAAACAAACAUUACAUUACCUUGACACCAAAGGUCAAACGGCAAUGGUAAUGCUUGGGAAGGAAGGGCCAAUUCAUAGUGUUGAAUGGUCUCCGAAGCAUGUGGAAUUUUGUGUAAUUUAUGGAUUUAUGCCAGCUAAAACUACUUUAUUCAACCUCAAGUGUGAACCAGUUUUUGAAUUUGGCACAAAACACCGGAACAGCAUAUACUACAAUCCACAUGGGAACAUUUUGAUUUUGGCUGGGUUCGGUAAUCUGAAUGGUGGUGUGGAGCUCUGGGAUGUUGGAAGCAGGAAACUUAUUGCCAAAAUUGAAGCUCCGGAUACGACGUUGCUUCGGUGGUCACCUGACGGUGAGCAUUUUGUCACUGCAACUACCGCUCCAAGGCUUCGUAUGGGAAAUGGAUUUAAAAUUUGGCACUAUACGGGAACCCUGCUCUAUGAGAGGCCGUGGAACAAGCAGGAAGAGUUGUGGGAGGUACUGUGGCAGACCUAUCCUCAUAACACGUUUAAGGAAAAACCAAUCAGUUAUCGGGCAGUGGAAGGUAUUACCUCCAGUCAACCUCAAGCGUCGAAACAAGCAUAUCGGCCACCUUCGGCGAGGGGGCAAAUUAUUAAUUUCAAACUACAUGAUGAUAUAGACGAACCGGGCAUUAGGAACAGUUCGGAAUCUAAUCCUUCUAAAGCUGCUUUGAAGCUAAAAAAGAAGCGGGAAGCAAAGAAAGCCAAGAAAGAAUUAGAGGCAUCGGCCGGAGUGGUGACUGUGGCUACCACAACGCCGGCAACGCCAAUAACAGGUAUACCGACAAUGUGCCAACAGACUAGGCCGAGCAAUUCGAGUUCGAAUGGACCUUCGAGUAAUAAUGUCGCAGACUCGGAUUCUUGCCUCACAGACGAUCCAGAGAAAAACAAAAAAAUAAAGAAAGUCAAAAGCAAACUGGAUCAAAUAACAAAGUUGAAAGGACAGUUGGAGGCUGGAAAGCACUUGGAGAUAAAUCAGUUGGAUAAAAUUAAAAAGGAACCUGAGCUUUUAAAGGAACUCCAAGAACUUGUUUUAUGAUACCAACCCGUUUCCAAAAGUAUCUCAACAAAACAGUCGGAUUGCAUGUAUCAAUCCGAAGAAUGAAUAUUGUUCACCAUGUGCACACUCACAUUUAUACAUAUAUAUACUACGCUUGUGAGCCUACCAACUGCUCAUAAUGUUAUGUACAGUUUAAUGAAAUUUAUGAGAAAUAAAUUAUUAAACGCAA